CGGAGCUUUCUGGAGUAAGUUGAAUGUGCGUUCUCCUCACUCGCAUCAAAACUGUUACGAUGGGGAAGCUCAGGAAAAACCACUUUGGAAUUUUAACGUUUUCGUUCUUUUUUACUUGUAUCUGCUGUGCGCAAAGCGCCAAAGAUCUGAGGGAUCCCAGUAAUAUGCCGCUGGUUAAAGACACGGUCGACAGACUGAUGAAAGGCUACGACAUUCGGUUGAGGCCAGAUUUUGGAGGUGCGCCGGUGGCAGUGGGGAUGAAUAUAGACAUAGCCAGCAUAGACAUGGUGUCUGAAGUCAAUAUGGACUACACGUUGACCAUGUACUUCCAGCAGGCCUGGCGGGACAAGCGUCUGUCCUACUCUGAGAUAGCCCUCAACCUGACGUUGGAUAACAGGGUAGCCGACUCGCUCUGGGUUCCCGACACCUACUUCCUCAACGAUAAAAAGUCCUUUGUCCACGGCGUCACGGUCAAGAACAGAAUGAUCCGACUGCAUCCGGACGGCACCGUUCUCUAUGGACUCCGGAUCACAACCACAGCAGCCUGUAUGAUGGAUCUGAGGCGGUAUCCUCUGGACGAACAGAACUGCACACUGGAGAUCGAGAGCUAUGGCUACACCACUGAUGACAUUGAGUUCUACUGGCGAGGGGGAGAUGGAGCUGUGUCUGGGGUGGAGAGAAUAGAGCUGCCUCAGUUCUCCAUCGUGGACUACAAGCUGGUCUCCAAGAACGUGGUCUUCUCUACAGGUUCCUACCCACGUCUGUCUCUGAGCUUCAAGCUGAAGAGGAACAUCGGCUACUUUAUCCUCCAGACCUACAUGCCCUCUAUCCUGAUCACCAUCCUGUCCUGGGUCUCCUUCUGGAUCAACUAUGAUGCCUCCGCUGCCAGAGUGGCUCUGGGUAUCACCACGGUGUUGACCAUGACCACCAUCAACACCCAUCUGAGAGAGACGCUCCCUAAGAUCCCCUACGUCAAGGCCAUAGACAUGUACCUGAUGGGCUGCUUCGUGUUCGUCUUCCUGGCCCUGCUGGAGUACGCCUUCGUCAACUACAUCUUCUUCGGACGGGGGCCCCAGAGGCAGAAGAGGGCCGCCGAGAAACUAGCCGUCGUCAACAAUGAGAAACUCCGACCCGACCCCAAUAAGUGGAUGGUGGGAAAUGUAGUUCAGAGAGAUGAUGCUCUGUAUGCCAGAAUGAAACAGAGGGAAAUUGACGCGUAUGACACGAUGUGGGAUCCCAUCUUUGUGGACGAUGCCGCAUUAGGACUAGGCGAGCAAAGAAAUAAGAUGACCGCCUCCCUGACUGAUGACAACAUCCUGUUUGGUUCCCUGGAGAUGAAGAACGAGAUGGGGGGUGUUCCUUCUGAGCUGUCCAGGUCCCUGGGCCCUGGGGGUCUUGGUGACCCCCGUAACACCAUGCUGGCCUACGACAGCUCCACGCUGCAGUACCGUAGGGCCGCCAUGGCCCGCCAGAACUACGGCGGCGGACCUCACAGUGCCCUGGAGCGCCACGCCACCCAGAAGAAGUCCCGCCUACGGAGACGGGCCUCGCAGCUCAAGGUCAACAUCCCUGACCUGGCUGAUGUGAACUCUAUCGACAAGUGGUCCAGGAUGAUCUUCCCUACCGUGUUCUCCUUCUUUAACGUGAUCUACUGGCUCUACUACGCUCACUAAGGAGAGAGAGAGAGAGAGAGAGAGAGAGAGAGAGAGAGAGAGAGAGAGAGAGAGAGAGAGAGAGAGAGAGAGAGAGAGAGAGAGAGAGAGAGAG